UCCCAUCCGACUCACAAACUCCGGCUGUGAUUGGUCGAAAUCUCCUGACCUCGGGUUAGAGUUCCCGCCUUCUCUCCGGCAGAGGACAGGUUGAACAUGGCGGCGUCCCUGAGGUGCUUUCUCCGCACGGGCAGAAAUGCCGUGUCGGCUCUGCGGCGGCGGGAGAUUCACAGCAGCGUCCCGGCCGCUGUGCAGGUGACAGUCCGCGAUGCCCUGAACCAGGCGAUGGACGAGGAGCUGGAGAGGGACGAGCGCGUCUUCCUGUUGGGCGAGGAGGUGGCCCAGUACGACGGAGCCUACAAGGUGAGCAGGGGUCUGUGGAAGAAGUACGGAGACAAACGCAUCAUUGAUACUCCGAUCACAGAGAUGGGCUUUGCUGGCAUUGCAGUCGGAUCCGCCAUGGCUGGACUGAGACCCAUCUGUGAGUUCAUGACCUUCAACUUCUCCAUGCAAGCCAUCGACCAGGUCAUCAACUCUGCGGCAAAGACCUACUACAUGUCCGCCGGUCUGCAGUCGGUGCCCAUCGUCUUCAGAGGACCCAACGGAGCAUCGGCAGGCGUAGCCGCACAGCACUCGCAGUGCUUCGCCGCAUGGUACGGUCACUGUCCAGGUCUGAAGGUUUUAAGUCCCUGGAGUUCAGAAGAUGCUAAAGGUCUUCUGAAAUCAGCCAUCAGAGAUGACAACCCUGUGGUUUUCCUGGAGAACGAGCUGAUGUACGGCGUUCCCUUUGAGAUGUCGGAGGAGUCACAGUCCAAAGACUUCACCAUUCCCAUCGGCAAAGCGAAGGUCGAGAGACAAGGAACUCACGUCACUUUGGUCACUCACUCUCGGUACGUCAGUCACUGCCUUGAUGCCGCCGUCGUGCUCGCCAAGGAGGGAAUCGAGUGUGAGGUGAUCAACCUGCGGACCAUCCGUCCUUUGGAUGUGGAGUGUAUCGAGACCAGCGUGAUGAAGACCAACCACCUGGUGACGGUGGAGGGCGGCUGGCCUCAGUUUGGGGUCGGAGCUGAGAUCUGCGCCAGGAUCAUGGAAGGUCCCGCCUUCAACUACCUGGACGCUCCAGCUACCCGGGUGACCGGCGUCGACAUCCCCAUGCCCUACGCCAAAAUCCUGGAGGACAACAGUGUGCCGCAGAUUAAAGACAUCAUCUUCUCUGUGAAAAAGACCCUGAACGUCUGAGACACGAACACACAGGACAAACCCACCUAACCCACCCCCACAGAUGGUGGGAACAUUGUCUGGAUAAACAUUUGUACAUCGAGCCAAAUGGGUCCUUUUUAAAAAAUAUAUAUAUAUAAUACUCCAGAUUAAUGUUUCCAACCAGAUGUUGGUCAAUGAAACGCACAGCUGUACAUCAGCAGCCAGAGCGGUGGUGGGGCACACAGGGUUCGGGCAACUCCGUUAAUCGGUCAUAAACUUGAACGAACUCUGUGUGCGACUCUUGGCUGCUCUCUCUCCACCUCCUCCUCCCCCUCUUUCAAAAUAAAAGUUGCUCUAUACUGUAGGCUUUUCUGUGUUUGUGAGGAUGUUUGCUAACAACAAAACUGUCAGUAUUUGAUCAGUCUGCAGAGUUCACUCCUCCAGAUGAAGAAAAUUAGGAAACUUUUCUAACUUUAGACUGCGUUGUAUUUAAGAUAUUUAUUCGACACAGAUGCCAAACCCUUUUUUUUAAUUUUGUUUAAUAAAAAACAUUAACCAUAACUACGUGUUCAAUCCGAUGAAACAUCUGGAAAACAGAGAUUUUAGGAAAAGUUUUCGUGUGCUCUCAAAUUUAGACUCGCAGACUGAAUUCAAACUUUUGCUCUCUGUAGUUUUGCUGUUAAUAAACUCCUGCUCCUCUAACCACCGAGAGAUGUUAUAUAACUUAAUUCCUCGCACUUAUUCGGGUUCGUCUCUCUAAAUGCAACCGCGAAGAAGAAGAAGAAUGAUCCGGCCGAGUGGAAGGUCUGGAAUAUUUAUUGUAGCUGCAGCAGCUCUGUGGAUGUUUCUCUUGCUGUAAAUGAUGAUUCUGUUACAGAAAUAAAAACCUCUCAGCCCUUCACACUGUCA